UCGAAACCUCAACUCCAGAAUCACCUUAAAUCCUCUCAUUUCGCCGGCGCCCGCAUCAAUCGAGCUCGAGAGCUAAACAAUGGCGGAAGUCGCGAGCUCCGUAGUCCACGAGGUCCUCGGCCGAAGAGCCCGAGACAAGCCAAUCAUAGACUACAUCGUCAACGUCCUCGCCGACGACGACUUCGACUUCGGCCUCGACGGAGACGGCGCUUUUGAUGCGAUUGGAGAGCUCCUUGUAGAUUCCGGUUGCGUGAUCGAUUUCUCCGAGUGCCGAUCUGUAUGUAAUAAGCUCUCGGAGAAAUUUGGACGACAUGGUUUGGUCAAACCCAAGCUGGCUGUGAGAAGCCUUACAACACCCCUGCGGAUGUUUGAUGGAAUGGAUGAAGAAGCUCCCAAGAAAAAAGAAGAGGUGUUUGAUGGUCCUUUACUAUCUGAAAGAGAUCGGGCUAAGCUUGAAAGAAGAAAGAGGAAAGAUGAUCGGCAAAGAGAGGCACAAUAUCAGAUGCAUUUGGCAGAAAUGGAAGCGAUUAAAGCUGGGAUGCCUACGGUAAGCGUGAACCAUAAUGGAAAUGAGGGUGGUUCUGCUGCUAGGGAUAUCCACAUGGAAAACUUCACUAUUACUGUAGGUGGUCGUGAUCUCAUUGAAGAUGGUACAGUGACCCUUUCUUUUGGAAGACACUACGGCCUUGUUGGGAGAAAUGGCACUGGAAAAACAUCUUUCCUGCGGCAUAUGGCCAUGCAUGCUAUUGAGGGCAUUCCCAAGAACUGCCAGAUAUUGCAUGUAGAGCAAGAAGUUGUGGGUGACGAUACGUCAGCCCUGCAGUGUGUACUGAACUCUGAUGUGGAGAGGAUCCAGCUGCUGGAUGAAGAAGCUCGUCUGCUCGCGAAACAGAUAUAGAGUAUGGACAAGGAUGGCAUUUCGAAAAGGCUUGAACAGAUAUAUAAAAGGCUUGAAUUCAUUGAUGCAUAUUCUGCUGAAUCACGGGCUGCUACAAUUUUGGCGGGUCUUAGUUUCACACCAGAAAUGCAACGGAAGCCUACAAAAGCUUUUUCUGGUGGAUGGCGUAUGCGAAUAGCUCUAGCCCGUGCUCUUUAUAUCGAACCUGAUUUAUUAUUACUUGACGAGCCAACGAACCAUUUGGAUCUUCAUGCUGUAUUGUGGCUUGAAACCUACCUUGUGAAAUGGCCAAAGACAUUUAUUGUAGUCUCUCACGCCCGAGAAUUUCUGAAUACGGUAGUUACCGACAUCCUUCAUUUACAUGGACAAAAGCUUACUGCUUAUAAGGGGGACUAUGAUACAUUUGAGAGGACACGCGCAGAACAACUCAGGAAUCAACAAAAGGCGUUGGAGACAAGUGAAAAGGCUAGAGCACACAUGCAGGCCUUCAUUGAUAAAUUCAGAUACAAUGCGAAAAGGGCGUCACUUGUCCAGUCAAGAAUCAAGGCAUUGGACCGAAUGGGUCAUAUGGAUGAAAUCAUCAACGAUCCGGAUUACAAAUUUGAUUUCCCGACGCCAGAUGACAGGCCAGGACCACCAAUCAUUAGCUUCAGUGAUGCGUCAUUUGGUUAUCCAGGGGGUCCAAUCCUGUUCAAGAACUUGAAUUUUGGUAUAGACCUAGAUAGCCGCAUUGCAAUGGUGGGUCCAAAUGGCAUUGGAAAGUCAACUAUACUCAAACUAAUAUCUGGAGAGCUUCAGCCAACUUCUGGAACAGUAUUCCGCUCGGCGAAGGUUCGUAUGGCUGUCUUCAGUCAACACCACGUUGAUGGGCUUGACCUAUCUUCAAAUCCUCUUCUGUACAUGAUGCGCUGCUAUCCAGGAGUACCUGAACAGAAACUCAGGGCUCACUUGGGUUCUUUUGGUGUGACGGGUAGUCUUGCGCUUCAACCAAUGUACACUUUGUCAGGUGGUCAAAAGAGCAGGGUUGCAUUUGCAAAGAUCACCUUUAAGAAACCACAUAUUAUUCUUCUUGACGAACCUUCAAACCAUCUUGAUUUGGAUGCUGUUGAGGCACUCAUCCAAGGUCUAGUGAUCUUCCAAGGGGGAGUGCUGAUGGUGAGUCACGAUGAGCAUCUGAUAUCGGGGAGUGUUGGUGAGUUGUGGGCUGUCUCAGAUGGCAAGGUCACGCCGUUCUCCGGGACAUUUCAAGAUUAUAAGAAGAUGCUUAAAUCUUAAAAUAGUUGGAUUAUAUUCCUCUACAUUUUAUUUGAGCAGGUGAUGCGAGGAGUUAACUACGAAAUUUUUUAUGUUGAGCCAAUCUGUUUUUCUUUGAGUAUGUUCUCAUGGUAAUGUAUAAUGCAGAUAUAUGAUAAUGAUAUAUACUUUGCUGGUACCUAUGAAGUCUACAGAUUUCUUUCGAGUGUUACGAAAGUUGUAAUUUCUGUUCAACAAUGGUUUUACCUGUAUAUCCAUUUGUAAUGGUUAAUUGUUGAAUAUUA